GAAGAAAGAGGCGUUGCAAACAGCCGGUAGGAGAGGUCAACACCGUGUCCACUACAGGACCUCAGACGGACAGCUAUUUUUAGUCCGUGCCUGGAUAACAGUCUGUUUCUACAGUUUUAAAACAGCAUGAACAGGCUAAUCGUGCCGUUGACCUUCUGGUAACAUUUCUGAAAAUGCCCUAUGCGUGUUGCUCUGUGCUAGAAGAUGGCGGAGUCGGAUGGCGGGGAUUUCGCUUCGAAACAUCCACAGAACAGUAUGGCUAACAAGAAUAGCACCCUGCGCUGUACAUUCUCUGCCCCAAGCCACAGUGCCACCCUCCUCCAGGGCUUGUCGGUCUUGCGGGCUCAGGGCCAACUACUUGACGUCGUGCUGGCUAUCAAUGAAGAGCGCUUCCAGGUCCACAAAGCUGUGCUGGCCGCAUGUAGUGAUUACUUCAGAGCAAUGUUUACCGGAGGCAUGAGGGAGUCAAAUCAAGAUACCAUUGAGCUGAAGGGUUUGUCCGCCCGUGGACUGAAACAUAUAAUUGACUUUGCCUACAGUGCUGAGGUCACUUUAGACCUGGACUGUAUUCAGGAUGUCCUUGGGGCAGCUGUGUUUCUCCAGAUGGUCCCAGUUGUGGAGCUCUGCGAGGAGUUCCUCAAGUCAGCGAUGAGCGUGGAGACCUGCCUGCACAUCGGCCAAAUGGCCACCACAUUCAGCCUCUCUUCCCUCAAAGAGUCUGUGGAUGCCUUCACCUUCCGCCACUUCCUCCAAAUUGCGGAGGAGGAAGACUUUCUGCACAUUCCCAUGGAGCGCCUUGUCUUCUUCCUGCAGAGCAACAAAUUGAAGAACUGUAGCGAGAUUGACCUCUUCCAUGCCGCCAUCAGGUGGCUCCAGUAUGAUGACUCUCGCCGGGCUAAAGCCAGCAGUGUCCUCUGCCAUGUGCGCUUCCCGCUCAUGCGCUCCUCUGAGCUGGUGGACAGUGUUCAGAUGGUGGACAUCAUGGUGGAAGAUGUGCUGUGCCGCCAGUAUCUCCUUGAGGCCUUCAAUUACCAGAUCCUUCCCUUCCGACAGCAUGAGAUGCAGUCUUCGCGGACACUCAUACGUUCUGACGUCAUGUCAGUCAUCACUUUUGGCGGGACGCCCUACACCGACAACGACCGCACAGUAAGCACCAAGGUCUACCAUCUUCCUGACAUAGCUUCGCGCCAAUUUAAAGAGCUGACAGAGAUGGAGGCGGGGUGCAGCCAUGCUUGUGUUGCCGUACUUGAUAACUUUGUGUACAUCGUUGGUGGACAGCACUUACAGUACCGCAGCGGCGAGGGGGCAGUGGACAGCUGUUAUCGCUAUGACCCUCAUCUGAGCCAGUGGCUGCGCAUCCAACCCCUGCAGGAGGCUCGUAUCCAGUUCCAGCUCAACGUGCUGCACGGACAGCUGUACGCUACCGGAGGGCGCAAUCGAUCUGGCAGUCUGUCAUCUGUAGAGUGCUACUGCCCAAAGAAGAAUGAGUGGACUUAUGUGGAACCAUUAAAACGCAGGAUUUGGGGUCAUGCAGGAACUCCAUGUGGAGAAAAGCUGUAUAUCUCAGGGGGUUAUGGUGUCUCAUUGGAUGACAAGAAAACUCUCCACUGCUACGACCCAGUAUCAGACCAGUGGGACUUUAGAGCUCCCAUGAAUGAACCGAGAGUGUUGCAUGCUAUGAUCGGCACCAGGGAUCGGGUUUAUGCUCUGGGCGGUCGCAUGGACCACGUGGACCGUUGUUUUGAUGUCCUUGCGGUCGAGUAUUACAUUCCCGAGAACGACCAGUGGACCACUGUCAGUCCCAUGAGAGCCGGGCAGUCUGAGGCAGGCUGCUGUUUACUGGACAGGAAGAUCUACAUCGUCGGGGGCUACAACUGGCACCUGAACAAUGUCACAAGCAUCGUGCAGGUGUACAACAUAGAGACCGAUGAGUGGGAGAGGGACUUGCACUUCCCAGAAUCCUUUGCUGGCAUCGCUUGUACACCAAUUAUAAUUCCACAAAACGCCACACAACACUAACCAUCUGACCUCUGACUGUGAAGAUUUUAUUCCAUGUGCUCUUUCUGCCGACCAUUGAGUCGUUCACAAGUUGUCAGCUACAGUUUGUGUGUGUUCACUGAUUUGAGGGAACGACCUGAAAAGCUACUUAGCAGUAUUGUUUUCUACUUUGUCUUGUUUUGGGCAAGAUGUGUUUAAUUAACAGGCAAAACUUCACUGAAGAGCAAAUGUUGUUGUGAAUAAUGCUGAGUCACUUUCAUGAUACCGAUGCAAGCUUUUGAAUGACGAUUCAGUAUUCGACCAACACAUUUUGAUGCGUUCCAGGGGCAAAACCUGUAGCAAGUCAAUGUUCUGAGUAAUUUAGUGAUUGUAUUUUAUUUAUUUUUACGUAUUUUUACAAAUACAGUUACAGGGACAGAGCACAUUAAUAGACAUUUCUGUUUAUGUGCCAGUUUAGCCGUCAUGGCUAAUUUACAACUGCUGUCCCUUAGCUGGUGUAAUGUUAUUAUAUGUUAUUAUAUUCUGUUAUUAUUAAUUGAUUAGUAUAUUAUCUCCAAAUGAACUUCAUUGAUCUCUUCCUGAAUAGCAUUACCUAGAUGGUGUUAUAAAUCUCAUAUCUGAAACAUAAUCAUACUUUUCUUCAAGUGUUACCAGUGUUUUACCAAUCAAGGGCUUAAGUUAGAGACGGCACAAAUUGACUCAGAAAGCUCAUUCUUGAAUUAAAGUCCUGAGUUUAAAUGUUGGGUUUGGAAAGGUAUUACCACAGACUCAAUUUCUAUAAUGUUAGACAUUUUGAUUGUACAGUUGUGAAAGUUUUUUUUUUUUUUUCUAUCUUGUAAUAUUUUGUUUGUUAUAAUUCUGUUAUUCAAACAACAAAGAUAACUGAAAAUCACAUCAAUGCACAGUAACAAUUGCACAAAUGAACACGAAUAGUGGUUGUGUUUCAACUUGGAAUCAGUUAUUCCAUGUUGGGUGUUAAUGUGUGUGUUUUUUAUAAUUGCUCCUGCCCUUGUGUUUCCUGACACCGUAAUCGUUCUCACUGUCAACAUAAACCAGUGUGGACCCCUUAAGGCAGCUACAUAAAUCGUUUGUGUCCAUGUGACUGUCAGUGUUUGCAGCAGUUUAUGUUCAACAAGUGCUACAUCUUGUGUACCACACAUGCUUUGGUCCUUUGACUAACAACAAGAGGAUGCAGGUGAUAUUUAUCAAUGCUAAACUCACAUAUUGCUCAAAUCCUCUGAAAAAGAACUUAAACUAUCCAUCUUCCAUGUUUGAUACUUGCUUGUGUUUUUAUUUUGACUGCAUUGCUGCACUUUUCAAAUCAGUAUGUAUCAGUUUUCUGAUUCUGCUGCUGAAGUUAUUGAUGUAUUUAAUGUGUGUAUCCGGAUGGAGCAGGCUUUAAGUUCUUGUUUUUCCUUUUGAAAUGUGGCCAUCUACAAGUGGCAAUUUUAAAACUGUCUCCUGUUUGCCUUAGUGUGUAUUUUCAUUGUUUUACCUGUACCAGUAAAAGCACAUGAUGUCGUUGAAGUGCAAUAUAAAGUAAACUGCUGUAGUCAAAGGGGAAUGUAGACAUUUGUGUAGCUUUAUGUGCAUCCUUUAUUAAAGGUGUAUCAUGUUUUAAAAAUAA